CUCUCCACUUGAUCCAGCUCCCCGAUGCGCACACACACGCAACAUCAUUGGAUUCUUUUGCAGGGACACAACUUGGUUCCUUCCUGGAGGAUCUUUUACGCACGGCGCUUGCGGGGACAAUGAAGAUGCGGAUGAGAUGAGGCUUACGCGGUUUUUUCGCAUCCAGCCUCUCCUCCUCGUUUCCCGAUGAGGGGACCAAAGAGGACAUCAACGAGGCUGCCUGAUGUUCGAUUCUUUGCCUGAAGCUCGCAAAGGUGGAGCGAUCGGAGCUGGGCUCAUGACGGGACCAUUAAUCCUUUCAGUGCACCGCAGCGCUUUGGAGACGUUUGGAUGGACAUCAACACCAAGCGUGUGUCUUCUCCUGGAACUGUUUCUGGUCUUGUAUGAAAGCGGAGAUUAGUUGGUCUUCCUUCCAGGACUGCAUUGAGGAGAUUUUUUUUUCAAAAAAGUACUCCCACAUCUAAAUGGAAUUAGUUGAGUCUGCAGCCGUUUGUGAAAGGAACAGACAUGGUACAUGGACACAGCUUCCAUUACGUUGUUGCAGGUCUUCUCCUACUUGGCUUGUCUGGUGCAACAAAGAAAGAGACAGCAGUGAAAAACAAUUCCGGGGUGAAGCCAGCCGGGCAGUGUGGAACAUGGGUGAAAGAACCAGAAGGCGGCCUUUUUACGUCUCCCAAUUACCCCAACAAAUACCCCCCCGAUACAGAGUGCGUUUACAUCCUUGAAGCGCCCCCCAGGCAGUGCAUCGAGCUCCACUUCGAGGAGCAGUACUCCAUCGAGUCCUCUUGGGAAUGUAAAUUUGACAACAUCGAGGUUCGGGAUGGACCUUUCGGCUUCUCUCCGAUGCUGGGACGCUACUGCGGUCAGCAAAGCCCGCCGGAUAUCAGAAGUAGCGGGCGGUACUUGUGGAUAAAAUUUGUAACGGACGGCGAACUGGAGGCGGUGGGAUUUUCGGCGAGCUACAACUUCACCGCGGAUCCGGACUUUACCGACUUAGGAGUACCUCCGCCUCUUCCCUCGUGUCAGUACGACAUGGUCGGUCCAGAAGGUAUUGUGGAGUCGCAUCAGAUCACCAGAGACGGCAAGGCGGGCGCCAACGAGGCCGUGGACUGUAAAUGGUACAUCCGGGCGCCGCCGCGCUCCAAGAUCUACCUGCGUUUCCUUGACUACGAAAUGGCCAACUCCAACGAGUGCAAGCGCAACUUUGUGGCGGUGUACGAUGGCGGCAGUUCGGUGGAGGACCUGAAGAGUAAGUUCUGCUCCACGGUGGCCAAUGACCUCAUGCUGGUGUCCACGCUGGGCGUCAUCCGGAUGUGGGCGGAUGAAGCCAGUCGGAAAAGUCGCUUCCGCAUCCUUUUCACCACCUACCAAGAACCUCCUUGUGAUCCAGAUGCCUUCUUCUGUCACAGUAACAUGUGCAUAAACAACACGCUGGUGUGCAACGGCAUGCAGAACUGCGUGUACCCCUGGGAUGAGAACCAGUGCAAAGAGAAGAGAAAAGCCAACAUCCUGGACAACCUGAACAACACCAACGGGACCAUCAUCGGCGUCACCUGUUGCAUCGUCCUCCUCCUCCUCAUCAUCUCAGUCAUCGUCCAAAUCAAGCAGCCUCGCAAAAAGUACAUCCUGCGGCGUGAGGACUUUGACCCCACCAUGUUUCAAGAAGUCUUCGAGCCGCCCCACUACGAGCUGUGCGCUUUACGCGGCGCCACCACCGCCACCGCCACCGCCGCCGCCUCAGCAGACCUGGUGGACCUAGCAGAAGACUUUGAGAACUACCACACCCUCCGCCGUGCCUCCUCACGCUGCAUCCACGACCACCACUGUGGCUCGUCCUCCAACCCGGGCUCCGCCCACAUAUCCCAGCUGUCCCUCAGCGGGCGAGGGAGCCGCGGCAACCUGUGCGCACGCGACGCGGCCGCGGCAGCCAGCCUGCUGGCGGACCUCCCGCAGCCUCCCAUGUCCGUGCGGCCGCUGCUGCCGUCGGCGGGGAACCGCAGGAGCAUCUUGGUCAUGAAGCACAGCUACUCGCAAGAAGGAGCCGACAACGGAUGCGACCUGGACGACGACCUGGAUGAAGUUCCAACCACCAGCCAUCGGCUUUCACGCCACGAAAAGGCAGUGCAGCGGUUCUGCCUCAUUGGCUCUUUGAGCAAACACGAAUCAGAGUACAACACGACUAGAGUCUAAGAGACAAUCUCAAGGUAAGCCCCCCCUUCAUCCUAAUAUCCACUUAUCCAUUUCUUGUGUCGUCGCCGUUUGCACACUUUUUUGUCCUUUUUAUGUUCGGGUGUAUUUAUUUUCACCAGGAUGAGUCUCUCUUGCUUGCAGCCAUCUUGGCCUUUUUAGUGACGUUUUUUUUUUUAUGGCUCACAUUACUGCAUGUGUGCUGCUUUUCUGUGAACUGUAAAUUCUUUGAUCUGCAUGGACUCUCUGGAAUAUUUUUUCAGAAUUUUUUUUUUACAAAUUGAGAGGACAUAUUUGGGGUUUUAUGCUGGAUAGAGUGCCCGUUUAAAGUUUGGACACCUUUUCUCACAACAUUGAAUGACAAGUAGCAGCAGUGGCGUCAUUAGGCUUUUUUUAGAGGGAUUUCAGCCCCCCGAAAAUGUUCUUAAGACCCCCUAAAAAAUUUGAUAUUUUUUAAUAAUAAUUUUAAUUUUUUUAAUGGAAUUUUUUUUUACAAAAAAAGCAGGCUAACAAGCAAGCCAAUACGCAAGCUAAUACUAAUACUAGAAAAAUAAUGAUGAUAGUAAUAAUAAAUAUUUAGGGGGAUUUCAGUCCCCCUAAAAUGUUCUUAAGCCCCCCUAAAAAUGUGAUAUUUUUUAAUAAUAAUUUUAAUUUUUUUAUGGAUUUUUUUUUUACAAAAAAAAUUCUGACAAAUUUUAUAUAAUAGGGCAAAAGCAGGCUAAUAAGCAAGCCAAUAAGAAGGCUAAUACUAGCCUACUACUACUACUGGUAGUAGUAGUAGUAGUAGUAAUCAGAUGAAGAAUAAUGAUGAUAGUAAUAAUAAAUAUUUAUAUUUAUAAAAAUAAUAAAAAAUAAUAAAUAAAAAAAAUAAAAUGUUCUUAAGCCCCCCUAAAAAUUUGAUAUUUUUUAAUUAUUUUUAUUUUUGUAUGGAUUUUUUUUUAUUGUGACAAAUUUUAUAUAAUAGGGCAAAAGCAGGCUAAUAAGCAAGCCAAUAAGCAGGCUAAUACUAGCCUACUACUAGUAGUAGUAGUAAUAGUAAUAAUCAGAAGAAGAAGAAUGAUGCUUGCGUGUACUUGUGUACAUUUAAUGGUGGCCUAAAACAAUUGAGUAUCUCUACAAAAUCUGUCCAAAAGUGGGAAUGUUAUAUCCCGGUUCUUGUUCCUUAUAUUUUUGGGAUUUUUUAUAUAUUUUUUUAAUGUCUACUACAUUCAUUGAUAUCCUGUGCAUCUCCAGGGGGUCUGGAGAGGGGGUCUCCCUGUCCUCAGAACCUAGUGACGCCCCUGAUUAGCAGCAAAACUUUUGACGGGUACUUUACAUACAGAUAAUCACAAAAUGAUACAAAACGUGGCCAUGUUUUGAGUGAAAAUGAUUUAUUCUGUGAUCUUUUAUUCUAUGCUUAAAAUGGCUAUGGCCACGGAAUGAACUAUUUUGCUGUUUUGCAUGUUUUUUUUGUUGUUGUUGUUUACUUUGUGCGUGUAAUGUUACUCGUGUGUAUGCUGCAAGUGCACAAUAAGGAUUUGACACACGCACGGACAUUUCAUUAGGUACACCUGCACAAUCUAAUCUGAUGAGAUCCAAUCCAAAAGCUGCAUAUUGAACCAAAUAUAAGACGAACCCCCUGAAUUUGAGUAAACAUCACCACUUACUUUGACUCUGCCUCAAGCUGUUCGGCGCCACCUGCUGGUUUGCAUGCAAAUUAAACCCUCAUUUAUUGCGCUUCAUCAGUGUCUGACCCAAUAGUGAUAAGUGAAUUAAAGUUGGAUUCCUUAUUAAUAAAUGGAAGAUUUUCAUAGAACAAACAUAUGGCAUUUAAUAUUAUUAGAGCCCUCUAGACAUGAAAUAACACCCCUAUAGUCAAUGUUACACUUGUAUUACCCAAUAUAGUAAGAGAUAGAUGUUAUUCUUGAAAUAUGGAGGCCAAAAUAUUUAAAAAAUUGGUUAUAUUUGCAUAUUUUUUGGGACAACAAAUGAGCCAUAAUCACACAUGCAGCCAUUUUUUUUUAGAUGAAAAUGGGAUUCUAGACACCGUCCAAUCAGGUUACAGAGCCUUCCAUGUCACCUGGUGUGCACUGUUAAUGACUGAUUCCGGUGGUUCAGCCAUUUUAGUUCUUUUAGACAGUGGACCAUACCAUUCCUUUAAACAGGGGUGUCAGGGGUGAUGUCCUUGAGUGGUUUAGAUUCUAUGUCAGGGUUUUUUUUUCCCCAUAUAGUCAAUGCAAUAUGCAUUUUGUAGUUUGCAGAGGCUAAAAGUGGUGUUGCUAAUAUUUUGCCCCCCCCCCUGCCCCCCUCAUCUUGCUAAAUAAAGGUAGCAUUCAUUGCACACGGUAUCAGUUUGGACUAGAUUGUGCAGAAUCAUGACGAAUAGAAGUGUUGGUUUACAUCAUAUAUGAAGCUAGCAUGAACACAAUGCUAUGUCCAAUAUAUUGUGUGUAUGUAUGUGUGUGUUUGUGUGUGUAUGUGUGUGUUCUACAUUGUGUGGCAUUGUCUCCAUCAUGUAGACUUCUUGAGAGUAUAUUGCGGUCCCCCGGGGUGACAUCACUGACAUGUGACAACACCAGCAUGACGCUGAGGGCCGGAAGGGACACUGAUGAAAGCAAAUCAUGUGACGGCGUGCAAAGACGAGCACAAACGAGGACUCUAGAUGACAAUACGCCGUGUUGUCACGCUUUGAGGGAAGUUUCCGAUCACUCGGCUCCCCCCCGGAAUCCCAUCCCAAACACUUUUGUUUUUGUCUUCAUUGAAACUAAUAGACCUCCCAUAUCUUCUAAAUUUAGAAUGUUAUUUCUUUAAAGGGGCCCUAUCCUACGUUUCCAGUUUGGGUACUGUAGUACUUUUGGGGUUUUAGCAUGAGGUUGAAGUUUUUUAGCUUAUCUUUUUCAGAUUUUACCUUGUUUUUCUUUCCUAAAUGAAGUAUAAUCGGGUAUAAAAUGGCUAAAUGAACAUGAUACAAAUACAGUAAUCCUUCGCCACUUUGUGCUUUAAAUUUAGUGGUGUCACUCUAUCACAUUUUUCCAAAAAUAUGGCCUAUUAAUCCCAAAUUUGUUGUAUUUUCAAGCAUUAAAUAUAUGUAAUAUAGUAAUUACAUUGAUGAAAAAAUAUCCCAGAAACCGCAAGUACAAAAGUACUCUCCCAAUGCUAAUGUGGCUUUAUAUUAUGUAUUAUAUCUUAUUUUCUUAAAUAGGACUCUAUGGGUGACUAUAGGGGUGUUAUUUCAUGUCUAGGGGUCUCUAAUCAUGUUUAAAAAGCAUAUUUAGAAGGUCGUAAUGCUCUAACUUCCACAAUGUUCCAUUCAUAAAUAAGGAAUCCUACUUUACGGAAAUUCACUUAUCAUAAUCAGAUCUGGAAACAAUGAACUGACCGGGACCCCUUGAGCAAUCGCAACAGAGAUGGUCAGAAAGGAGGCGGCAGAUUACCCUUCAAGAUGACAAUAUAGUCACUAUAGCGUCCCACAAGAAUUUAUUUUAAAAAUAAGGGGUCGGGAUAGGGCCCCUUUAACCGUCCCAGGAAGCGCUAUUUCACAAUAAAAGCAUGCCUUAUCCCAAAUGAAUAGAUGUUCUUUUCUUAUUGCCAAUUGGAAUCUUACUAACACGUCCAUGUAACAUUGUUAGGCCCAAGACCAAUCCAAGGCCAAGCUUGUGCAUGCCGCUUUAAAUUUCUUCGAUAUAACAUUAAGCUAUCAGACCCCCCCACCCCCCCUUGUACUAAUCAAUACAUGAUACCAAACUGAUUCAUUGCAUGAUCGUAGCUGAAUUAGUUCAAUACGACGACUCGAUACAUUUUAAACCCAAAAGUCCUUGAUUUGGGUUUUUGUCAUGAUUUGCUAACAAUCACCACAGCGUAUUAUCUUUGUAUCAAACCGGAAUUUUCUACUCGGGCAAAAGGAAAUGUUUUUUAAAGUUAUUCCAACGAUCCUUCAGGGCUGGUUUUAUUGAUGCUUUGUAACAAUAUUAAUAUGAAAUAACAAUAAAGCACCUUUUUUUUGUUGUUGUUUUGUUGAACUGUUUGUCCUAAAUGUGUCACACACACGAACACACACGAACACACACACGCCUCCCGUGUCUCGCCGUCAUCAGUAGUUGUUGAAUGUUUGUGUUUUUUGUUUGCUUUGUGGAAAAUAUGUAUUUACUGCUGAGCAAACAUACACUACCAGUCAAAAGUUUGGAGACACUUUCCCAUACAAAAACAUGAGAAAGUGUCUCCAAACUUUUGACUGGUUGGGUACACACACUUAAAAGAAUGUUCUCAGGUAUUUAAUAUUUAAUGUUGAGAUAUUUUCUCUCUCUUACGUUUAUUGUAACCGAUACCUCAGUGUGUUUUAUUUACAAGACAUGGCAUCUGUAAAGCUGCAAGAUGACUGAAUAGUGUUCAGGGGGAAAAAAAGGCAACCAAAUCGGACCUUUGGGUGUCCAAAGUGCAGCCUGGGGACUGUUUGCAGACUUUUUUUGUAAUAAGAAAAAAUAAAAUGAAUGGUAAGUAAAUGUUUAAAAAAAAUAUAUAAUUUUUUUUUAAAUUAUAUAAAUUAUAAAAUUAUAUAAAUUAUAACAUAUAUACAUUAUAUAAAAAAUCAUAUAGAAAUGUGUGAUAUAUUUAAUAUACUAAAUGUACCAUGUCAAUAACAUAUUGACAUAAUGCAAUUAUAGUCAAUA